AUGGUCGUGAUGAUACCGACAAGUGUCUCCGCCGACAAUUUCACUACAGUUACCACUACGGAGCCCUCAACAUCUGAGGACGUGACGACGAAGAUGGAUAGUCCAGAAGACACGUCAAUCGUGGCUGCCGGUAUGCUACCCAUGUUACGCCUUGUCAACGGCAUCUCCUCACCCGAAGUCAACGGCGCCGGCGGAGGGUUUACCUAUGAGAAUCCGGCGCUGAAAAAGGUCUCAAUGUCGCCAGACACCUUCACCCAGAUACCCAUUGAGACAAAUGGCUCGACGUCGCCUGUAUGUCGACAGAAUCGGGCAAAGGAGAACGGGAAUAGUGAAUGGACAGUAUCCCAAUCCUCCAACUGCUUCGAAUUCUCGCCCACCUUCAUGCACCGCUUCCACUGGAUCACCCAGAUGACAUUCUUCUUCGGCUUCGUCAUUUUUUGCCUAUUCUAUUUUCUCGUCUACCCAAAUAUUCAUACUCAGAUAACCGACGACGACUGUGAUCGACAGAUGGCCGAGUGGUUCGCCGAGAUUCAUUAA